AGAUGAUUAGGUGGUAAGGUGGAUGAAGGAUGUUUAGGGGAAGGCUUGGAAAUCCUCAAAGUUUGAUUUUGAAAAUUUUCAAAUAAAAGACUGUUAAGUAGGUUAAAGAUAGUGUAUGAGAAUUCAGCGAUUUCAUGAAAGUUUUUCUUUAUCCACUACUUCUUCAGCAUGAGAUCACACACCAAUAGGUAUGAGUUAAAAGAAGUUAUAUACAUUGGCAGAUCGAGUGUCUCAAGAAAUCCCAUCGAGAGACAAUUUAGUGUUGGUUUGACGAUUGUUGAGUUUACUGCUUGGUGGAUAGUUUGUGUCAAUUUGUGGGAAGAUUCCACUGAAAAUUGCUCGUUGAAGCAGUUUUCAAUCUCACUGAGAAUGCAAUAGCAAAAUAUUGGAAAAUCCCGGUGAAAAUUAUUGAGGAACUCCCUCACAGAUGAAAAUCUUAUGUGGAAAUGUAGAAAAAAGUGAAAUUGCCUCUGUGUUUGCUAAUGUCUGGACUGAGAUUUAGCUGGAAGAACUAACAUGUGUGGUGUUGAUUAGUCAGUGGGAAAAAUUCAUAAAGAGUGGAUCUUGCUUCUUUUUACUAAAGCUCGCCUGGAAACCGGAAAACGAACAAUUCCAUGGGAUUCAGUGAAAGAGUUUGAGUGCCAGUGAUGGGUAAUACGGCAACACCUUGAAAAGAAAAAAAAUAUGGCUGGAUAAGUGAGAAGAGAAUUGAUUGUUCAGUAGCUCAUCUCUAAAGAUAAAACAGCCCCGGUAGUACUUAAUUUUGUAGUAGCUCUGCUGACCAUUUGGAGAGUGUAUUUUUUUUUAUAACAAUAAAGAACAGCAACAAAAGGUGAAAAAGAGAAAUCGACUAACGGUGAACGGAAAGCCAGACAUCAUUAUAUGAAUAACAAACCCAUGGUACUUAUGUUCAUUCCAGUGUCACCUGACUCAGCCUCCUCCCCAGUCAGGUCCAUUCCCUCCAUCCCCUAGAUAACUUUCCAUGAAAAAAAAUCCAAUACUCCAAGGCAAUGGAGUACUCUCAAUUCACCUGUUCAGUGAUCCAUGUGCAGAUAAAAGUGAUUUAGUGGUAAAAUUCAGUGACUUCUGUGAGAGGUUUAACAGUGCCGGGCAGCCACAGAAUGUGUACAAGAAGUCUUGCAAAUGACAAUGAGACAAGUGCAACAGUCUAUUGGAUCUCAAUUGGAUAGUAAUUUUAGGUUUUGGCAGUGGCCACAGAGGAAGUCCAGUUCAGUCAUGGUCACUGCAGGUAGCAAUCUCCUUCAUGGAGGACACAGGAUGGCUCUUGCUAUCCUCCUGGCAAUGUGCUGCAUUCAAGCAGGGCAGUGUCAGCUCAAUUCACCCCCAAUUAUGACAGUGGACCGGAAUUGGCGGAUAUUCGACACACACGAAGUGGGGUCAUUUGUGACACAAGUUCAUGCAGUGGAUGACGAAAAUGAUCCGCUGGAGUUUGGCCUGGAACCGUGGAAUGGGAACUUUGGUGCGUCAGCCACUGAUGAGGGACGCAUGCCAUUUCGCAUUGAUUCACAGACGGGAAUUGUGUACUUGAAUGAGAGUCUCACCGGAUGGGCUGGUCAGAAUUUCUUCAUCUACGUCACGGUGUCCGAUGGACAAUUGACGGCUAAGAAUGAGGUCUACGUGAACAUUCUCAGUAAGAAUAGCUCCAAGGGGAGUGACUUGUACAACCCCAGACCGCCUGGUUUUACACCCAGUGCCAAGAAUAUCUCAAGCCUCUUCCCACCGUUUCACUCUCUUCCUGGUGUGCCCAGCACCAAUGCCGGAAAGCUUCCACAGCCCCCCAAUGGCUAUGCCUACGUCAAUGAGCCGCACUUCAGUCCACCCACUGGUAGUUCAGGGGAUGGAAAGGCCCCCUCGGGAGGUUCAGGUCACAAGACAGUACUGAGGCCCAUUGAUGGUUCUACCAAGAACACAACUCAAUACCAUGUGAUAUCCGACAAUGAGGAAGAUGCCGACAAGGCCGAAGACUCAACAGGUGCCAGUGAAAGUGUCCCUCUUGGAACUGUGGUCCCGAUUGUUCUUACAGUUGGUGGGAUAUUUCUCGUGGCAGCGAUAGUGGCUCUCCUGAUUUUCCGGAAGCACGUUUGUGCGAUUGGAAAGUCACUGAAGAAGAAGAGCAAGGAGGAGAUGGCAAAGAAGUCAAACCAAAGUAACGUGAGCAGCACUCUAACCGAAGACAGUCGGAACUCAAUGGUGCUGCACCAUUGGAAUGGUCCAAUGGCAUUCAACAAUCGCUACGUGCCUUGGGAGCGAGACAAUCAGCAUCCCCAGGCCACGUCGCAACUGAGCAAUCUCUCCCAGGAGUCUCAGAUCACCAAAGACCCAUGGGACUUCCCACGGCAUCGACUAAAAUUCUUCAACAUCAUCGGGGAAGGGGCUUUUGGGCAGGUAUGGCGCUGUGAAGCUGCCCAUAUUGACGGAAAGGAUGGCCUCACGACAGUCGCCGUGAAGACCCUCAAGGAAAAUGCCACUGAGGUGGAGAAGCACGAUCUCCUCUCAGAAUUAACAGUAAUGAAGAGUCUGGAGCCCCAUAUAAAUGUUGUAAGACUGCUGGGCUGUUGCACGGAGAAGGAGCCAAUCUUUGUGAUCUUAGAAUAUGUGAACAAAGGAAAAUUACAAACGUACCUGAGAAAUUCUCGAGCAGAAAAACACUAUGGCAACACACAUGGUAAAUCCAACAUUCUCACAUCAGGCGAUUUGACAUCAUUCAUGUAUCAAGUGGCCAGAGGAAUGGAUUUUCUGUCCUCACGAGGGAUUAUCCAUCGUGACUUGGCUGCCAGGAAUAUUCUCAUAACUGACGAGCACACCUGUAAAGUGGCAGAUUUUGGCUUUGCCAGGGACGUGGUGACGUCAAAGAUCUAUGAACGAAAGAGCGAAGGCAAAUUGCCCAUUAGAUGGAUGGCCAUUGAGUCACUCUAUGACAAUAUUUUCUCAGUAAAAUCCGAUAUUUGGAGCUUUGGGAUACUCAUGUGGGAAAUUGUAACACUGGGAUCGACUCCCUAUCCAGGAAUUGCAGCAGCUGAAGUAAUGCGUCAGGUACGUGACGGUUAUCGUCUGGAAAAGCCAGAACAUUGUCGUCGUGAACUCUAUAACAUCAUGUACUACUGCUGGGCCAAGGAUUCCAAUGAACGACCAAGUUUUUCCGAAUUGGUCAUCCUUCUCGAUAAACUACUCCUCACAGAGACCGACUACAUCGAAUUGGAACGAUUUCCCGAUCACAAUUACUACAAUAUGCUGAGUUUGAGUGGUGAAAAACUAUAAUUGACCUACCCAAUGGCCAAACAAAACCAUCCCAGCAGAGUUUUUUGCACUCAAACAAAAAGGGAACAUAAACUUGAACAUAAACACCAAAUUAAUUGGGAUCAUGUUUCUAAUGACCCAGGAAGACUCAUGUUGUUUUUAGUCCAUGAAUCUAAAGAACUUUUCAAUUUAAUGACAUACAUUUACAUUUAUAUGUAUUCAGUGUCUCAAAAUGGCAAAUUUAUGUUUUUUAACUACAUUGUAAUUUAUUCAGUGUAAAAAACACAUUGUACAUUGCUGUAUAUUUAAUUAAAAAAAAUUAUUUGCGGUGAAA